AAAUUAUCGGAUAAAGGCCUUAGAGAGCCUCAACCAUGUAUACUAUUCACUAGUUGUCAAUUUUUGCAGUUUUAGUACGAACUUGGAUCGCAUUUUGGUACUAGCUCUUUGUAGAAGCUUCCAUCAACGCAAUAAUCGAUUUUGAACCAAAUAUUAAUCAUAGAACACCUUAUAAGGAUGGUUAAACCUGUAAAAUCGGAUAAAAAGGCGGUAAAGGCCACAAAAAAGGUCAAGAAGGGUAUCAAGAAGAUAGUCGAGAAGAAGGUCGAAGCAAAGAAACCGAGGAGUUCGUACAGUUUUGUAAAUUUGAGGAGGAUCAGCGUCCCUCCUAAUCGCAUGACUCCCUUGCAGAAGAAUUGGGAAACGAUUGUCAAGACGGUUGUAGAGAAGCUGGAGCUUCAGAUUAGGAUGUGCACUAAGAGAAAGUGCGUUGAGGUCAGACCUUCAAGAGACGAUAUGGACCUUUCACUCCUACAAAAGGCCCAGGACUAUAUAAAGGCGUUCAUGUUGGGGUUUGAACUAAAGGACGCUGAGGCUAUUUUGCGUCUGGAGGACAUUUUUAUCGAGAGCUUCGAAAUUAGCGACGUCAAGAGACUACAUGGCGAACAUCUAUCCAGAUGCAUUGGUAGAAUUUCUGGUAAGGACGGAAAGACCAAGCACGCCAUUGAGAAUAUGACAAAGACGAGGGUCGUUCUCGCUGAGAGCAAGAUCCACAUUAUGGGCAGUUUCAACAGUAUCAAAUUGGCAAGACAUUCGAUUUGCAGUCUUAUCCUUGGAAGUCAACCAGGAAAAGUGUACAAUAACCUCUGUAACUCUGCAAAGAGGCUGCACGAGAAGAUGUAG